GCGUCCGUGAUGAUUAUGUUCCACACAAAUCUAACAAGUAUAAAUAAUUUCUUCCUCCUUGGAUUUCCCGGACUUUCACCGCAGUAUUAUGGACCUGUGUCAGCCAUGCUUUUUAUACUCUUCCUGGCUAUAGCUGUAGGAAAUAUAUUUAUUUUAAUGAUUGUUAAAUGUGAAAAGUUUCUUCACAAACCUACAUAUCUGAUCUUUUGUCACUUGGCAUUAACUGACUUACUGUUUGGGACUGUUACUCUGCCAAAAGUCAUAUCAAAAUACUGGUUCGGUGACAGCAUUAUUUCAUUUUAUGGAUGUUUUGUACAGAUGUAUUUUGUUCAUUUCUUAGGAGCCACGCAUUCGUUCAUCCUGAUGGUGAUGGCCCUUGAUCGCUUUAUUGCAAUUGUAUCUCCUCUGCGAUACCCAGCUCUUUUCACAAACAGCACCACCUCUGUGCUUUGUGGAAUAUCGUGGCUGAUGCCGUCAUCGUGGAUGGUGGGUUUAGUUUUCGAUGCUCUGACGUUGCCUUUCUGCAAUUCAAACAUAAUUGUACAGUGCUAUUGUGACCAUAUAACAAUAAUGAGGCUUGCAUGUGGGAACAUACGGAGUAUUGAGCUGGUUGCAUUCAGUUUAGCCAUGUUCAGUUUGUUGGUGCCACUGGCUUUUAUUAUCUUCUCUUACUUUUUCAUCAUUGGUGUCGUUAUGAGACUGUCCAACUCAGAGGGACGCAUCAAGACUCUGUCCACGUGCGCGCCGCAGCUCCUCAUCACAUUUCUGUAUUAUAUGCCCAGAUGCUUUGUGUACCUGGCAAAUAAUGUAGGAUUUACAUUCAGUGUUCCUGUUCGCGUUGUUGUUGUGAUGCUGUACAGUCUUUUACCUGCUGCUGUCAACCCCAUCAUAUACUGCCUCAAAACCAAGGACAUCAAAGAACAAUUGAAGAGGAACUUUUUUACGAGGAAGAUUAAAAUCAGCACAAAAACUGGAUUAAAUACAGCACAGCAAUGUGCAGUUGAUAAAAUGAUAACGCAGGGACAUGUGCAAUAA